UAGUGCUCCUCAUUCCUCGAACCUCCUCCUCCUCCUCCUCCUCCUCCUCCUUUAUCCUCGUCUUCAACCCCUCUUUUAUCCAAGUGUUUGUGGCCCCCGCAUUCUCACAGCGACCGGGAGCCGAGGAGCGUCACAUGCCACCAUGAGCGUCCUGCCGUGCAGUUUUCUCCUCCUGCUCCUCAUCCUCCCUGUCCUCACCGAGGCCAAAAAGCAGCCUGGCCAGGAGAAAGCCGACAAACCCCGGCAGCCUCCGCCUUCACCCCAGCCGGCCAAGAGGCCCAGGCAUCGCUCAGUGCCGGGCUCCGGGGACUUGACCACCAAGGGAGGCCAUCGCUGCACUUGGCAGACGUCUGGCGAAGUCCUGGUGACCCUGUUGGUGAACUGCAGCGCCGAAGCACAAGGAGAGCAGCAGAGGUACUGGUGCCGCUAUGCCGGUAAACCAGACCUCUGCCAGGCCUACGGGGUGAAGUCCAGCCAGUACUGGAAGCAGCUGGUGGGGAAGCUGAAGAAAAGGCAGAACGCCUGCGAAGGAGAAAAAGUCUUGAAGGCCAAAACCUGCAAGAAGGCUCCCACCGAGGCCCACAUGAAGCUCGCCCAGCGCAGCGGGGAGGAGGAAAAGAAGGGGGGGAAGAAGAAGGGAGUAGCAGCCGGAAGGAGCUCAGACGGAGGCAAGGUGGAGAAGAGGAAGAGGAAGGAGGAGGAGGAAGAGGAGAAGAAAAAGAGGGAGGAAAGGACUGGGUUUGAGGAGGAAGGAGUGUUGAACGACAUGGAGCCGGUGCAGAGCUACUGCAGCGAGGGCUGGCACUCGGUCUGCUCGUUCUUCGUCAAGUUCUUUGAGGGUUAAUGAGAAAAUAGUUUUUUGUUUGUUUGUUUCAUGACGCGUUCACAAUCUGAAAACAAUCUAGGCAGUUCUGUUACACCAGGCAGCUCCUCUGUAAGACGUAUCCUCACCAUCCACAUCACACGACACCGACAGGGUUCAAUCAAAACCUUCAAAUCGUUGGAUAAGUCAAUGGAAACAGUGAGCUCCUCCCGAUGUAAAAAAUAAAACAGUUAAAAAAUGACGUUAAAGGACCAGUGUGUUGGAUUAAGUGACCUCUAGUGGUGAAGUAGCAGGUUGCAACUAACUGAACACUUCCCAAGAAUGCAGGAGAAUCUAAUGUAAUGUAAACAUUGACCAAUUCAACACAAAAAUGCAAAGAGGUCGUCUCUGGAUUGGGGGUGGGCAUCGAUGAGAUUAUAUUGAUGCCAUUAUCGAUCCAAUUCUUUAUCGAUUCACUUCAUCAAUUCCUUUGGUCUAGAAAAAGAAGGCAUCUGUGGUUUCAUGUAAACAACAGAAAUUUUAUCGAGUUUCUAAACACGAGAUCAGAGUUUGUGUAAGAAAACAAAUAGGAAAUUGGUCAUGAAAAGAAUCAGUAAGAGGAAUUGAUAAGCAUGAAGGCUAAUGAUAUCGAUGAAUUGAACCAGUUAGUUCAAUUCCCAUCCCUACUCUGGGGUCUGUUUUUUAUUUGUUUUUAAGGUUUGUCCUUUCUGGGCUGCCGUAGAAACAUGGUGGACUCUCAGGAUGAGGAACCUGCAGCUAAUGUAGACGUGGAGGACAUCUACUCCACUAUUUUAUUAUGUAAAAUAUUUUCAAACUUAAAUCCUGCACACUGGGCCUUUAAAAGCAACAAAUAAAUUUAAAAAAAGCUUGCGUUAACUGAACACGUUUAGUUUGUUUUAUGUCGUAGCUGUAUUAUCUUCUUUAGUUAAAUCAGACUGAACUGUGUGAUGUCGUCUGCCUAACAAACUGAAAUAAAACAAUCAAUGCAUCAUCAGCACUGAUGAUGGUAGUAGCGAUAGUUAAUGACCAAUUAAUGUCUCCUUUAUUCUUAUUUUUGUAAUGUGAAAUUAAUAUUUUCUAAAAUAACUGUUUUUGUAAAGAAUCGCUUGUUAGCGGUCGUCAGUGGAUUCCUGUCUCCGUCAUUUAGACUUUUUUUCGUCCACAUUUGAAAACUAUUUUUGAAGAAAUGUUAACUUUGUAUCCAUCUUUAAUAAAAUGUUUCUAUAGCUGAAAAUGAA